AUGUCAUAUCAAAUUUCAUUCAUUUCGGACAUUGCCUUUACGAAAGAACCAACCCAAGUUUUAUUACAAAAAGGUGAAGACACUGUUCAUUCACUUUCCAGUGAAAACAACGCAAUAGUCUACACAGAUGGUUCCUCUGAUAUUGACUUUAACAGAGGUGGUGCUGGUAUCUCCAUCAUUUACCCCUCAGGAUAUAACAUUAAACUCAAAAUACCCACUGGCCAAAUUGCUUCAAACUUCACAAACGAAUUAAUCGCUAUUAAAGAGGCUCUUACCCAUUUUCGCUCUCAUUCUCUAAACGACUCAAUAAAAGAAAUUGUGAUUUUCUCAGACUCAAAAUCAGCACUCGAAGCCAUACAUAACGGUAAAACAACAAUAACGCAAGAAAUGAAUGCCCUUCUCCAUUUACUAAAUAUACCUUGCACUCUCCAGCGGAUCCCAGCUCAUGUUGGAAUUGAGGGGAACGAAUGUGCAGAUGCCCUUGCAAAGGAAGCACGCAACGAAGAGCAAUCUCGAAGUCACCUGUGCAGAUGCGAAUGCUGCCGCCAGGCGAAGGAUCUACAAUCAAAAUCUUAG